CCGGCAUCCCUUGCGCCGCCUCACCUGCCUGGCUCAGCCGCGGCGCCUUCAGAGGAUGCUGAGAGAGUCCCAGGGAAGGAGCUCCCGCAGAGAUGCUGGGCUUGUUGGCGUCGGUGGCUGCGCUGUUCGUCUGCGUCCCUCUGCUGGUGUUUGUGGUGGCGCCUCGCGUCAGGAAGUAUGUUGCAGGACACAUGUGCACAUCCACAGCUAAGUUGAAGGGAAAGGUGGUAGUAAUCACAGGAGCCAACACAGGCAAUCGGAAAGGAAGAAUGCCAAAGACCCUUGCAGACCAAGGUGCUAAAGUCAUCCUUGCUUGUAGGGAUAUGGUAAAAGCAGAAGCAGCAGUUUCUGAAAUCCAGGCCAAGACAGGGAAUCAGCAAGUUGUUGCAAAGAAAUUAGACUUGGCAGACACCAAAUCCAUACGAGAAUUUGCUGAAAAUUUCCUGAAAGAAGAGAAGGAGCUUCACAUACUCAUUAAUAAUGCUGGGGUUAUGCUGUGCCCCUAUUCCAAGACAGUAGAUGGCUUUGAAAUGCACCUGGGAGUCAAUCACCUUGGGCACUUCCUUUUAACAUUCCUGCUGAUUGAGCGUCUGAAGCAAUCUGCACCAGCUCGAAUAGUCAACGUGUCUUCUGUGGCUCAUCAUGGAGGAAGGAUUCGCUUCCAUGACCUCCAAGGCGAGAAGUGCUAUAACCGGGGCCUAGCCUACUGCCACAGCAAACUGGCAGGUAUCCUUUUCACCCGGGAGCUGGCCAGAAGACUGCAAGGUACUAGAGUCACAGUCAAUGCUUUGCAUCCAGGCACAGUUGAUUCUGAACUGUUCCGUCAUUCCACUAUAAUGAAUUUUUUGUGGAAGAUGUUCCCUUUCCUUUUGAAGACAUCUCAAGAAGGAGCCCAGACUAGUAUAUACUGUGCAGUGGCAGAGGAGCUGGAGUCAGUGAGUGGGGAAUAUUUCAGUGACUGUAAACCAGCAUAUGUAUCAUGUCAAGGGCGCAAUGAUGAAACAGCAAGGAAACUUUGGGACGUCAGCUGUGAAAUGUUAGGCAUCCAAUGGAAUUGAAUCGUAGCUGACCUUUAUCUAUAGUUGUACAUUGUGUGAGAGAACAAACAUUGAAGUUAAAGGUUGACUAUUUUAUACUAAUUUAAUACAAACAGAAAUUAGUGUUCAAGAAUAGAGUUGUAUAAGGGUUUCCACUUACGUUUUGUUCACACAACUGUGCAGAAGGUGCUUGUUUUUAAAAUAGUCUCUUUUGCAGUCUUAAGGUGCAAAUGUAAUAGAAAAAGGCAAGUUAUCAGAUCUGUGUAUCUGGCCUUUCUUUUCUUAUGUGGAAGCUUUGUUUAACCAGGGUGGAGGAAUUCUUUUCACCACUUUAAUUUUCCUGGGCUUUGUAUGCUUUUCAUAGCCUACUUGUUCUGUGGAGGGGAACACUUUCCCUGAGGCUUUGUUCAGGUCUGAUCAAAGAAGAGCUAUAACCUUCUGUCUGUAGAGAGGGGGCAUGACCUGCAGAAGCUAGGGAACCAGAUGGAGAAUGCCUAGGUUAUAGCUUACUGAUAGACAGGUUUAACAAAUUAGCCAUGCUUACAACUGCACAAUCCCUACCUCUGUUCUUCUAAUAAUACUACAGCUGCUGUAUAGCAUUACUACAAGAACAGAGCUAGGGAUUUUUAGAUUCACAUAUUAAACCCAUGUGGGCUGUCUCGGUACUGAACACAUACACAAUUUGGGUGUAUGAAUUUAAGUAGAGACAUCUUUUUUUCUCACAUCUAGAAUUCUGAGAGUUUCACAGAGUGAGAUAGAGGAAUAUGCUGUAAACAGCCUGGGGAGACUUAGCUUGAAAGACAACUAAGAUAGUGAUUAAAUAGAGUAAGCACUUGUAAAUCCUGUAUUGAGCAUUGCAGGAAAUAUUUGCUUGUAUUAUUUUCUUCCAGGGGAAGAAGCCAUCUCUUUGUAUCUACUGGAACAUUAUCAGAACAUUAUUUGGAUGCUUAGACUUACAAUAAUUUUUUUCCUAGAAAUACUACAAGUGGAGUGGAGGAGGGUACCUUCCUGGUAGAUCAGCCAUUCCAAUUACCUUGUGUAAUAUAAAUGUUUUAUAUCUAACAAACUUUUAUCAGGACAGCAGUGUUGCUUUUCUUUCUUAUCUCUGCUAAAAAUGACAUUUGAAAGCUACUGUUUUAAAAGUGUCUUUGUAUGCAGUUCUUGAUAAGAUUUGUAGUAUGUAAAAGGUUGUUCUUUACUGGAACGUUGUACCCUUAAUCUCAUUUUCUGGACUGGAAGAACAGAGCAGAUAAGCUAAAGUAUGCUUAUGGAAUCAGACCAAGUUGUGAGUGUCCAGUUGUAUAGAACUUUUACUACUUCAUAUGUUGCACUUCCUAUAACUAAAGGGCUGAUAUAAGCAAUGGGGACAGUUGUCUUGAAAAUGUUUUCUGAUGGGCUUGGGUCACGUCUGUCUACAAAGCAGUUCCACUGGUGUAUACAUGGCCAGGCUCUAAACUUAACAUCUAUUUUCUUUGCUUGGCAGCUUCUGUACUGGAGUACAUGUGACUAAAUAAAAAAGGACAGCACAACA